ACGAUUUCGAGUUAGCUCGUUGGCUAUAUUUAAUAAACCUUAUUACGUAUGUUUUAUAAUAGCCUAUUCAGGUUGUCUGUGUACAUCUCAGUGAAUAUAAAUAAUGUGUUUGCGCUCGUAACGGGUCUCUGAAGCUGGCUACUUACUGGUGGUGUUACCUUUAUAUGAUGGUGUAAUGUCGCUCAGCUAACCUCUCGUAGCUCAGUAACAACGUGCAGCAUGAAACCUAUGAUAAUGAGGCUGUGUGUUCUCCAUGGACAUUGUGGAUCAUGUCUCUGAUCCUGUUUGCCUUCGUGGUCCGGGUGAGGGAUGGACUCCCCCUGUCGGCCUCCACAGACUUUGAACACAACCGCGAGCUCCAGGAGAGAAAGCAGCAGCUCAGGACCAUCAGCAAGGCAUUGGCCCGUUUCCCUGACAGAGGGACCAUCAAGGGCCGGGAGCUCAACAUCUACUUCGUCUCUUCAGAGGGUGUAUCCUACAUGACCGUGUGCCACUGCAGCCUCCCUGUUGCUAAGGCCUUCUGCUUCCUGGAAGAUCUGCGCUGGGAGUUCACAGCAUGCUUCAAUAGCACUGUUGUUGCCUUGGCAGCCAGGCCGUAUCCGUUUUUGGAAUUUGACGGCACCAUUCAGAAGCUGAAGCAGCAUUACAACCAGAGUGGUGGUCCGGCCCUGGAAGUGACGUUGGUCGAGGUCCAGGAGGAUCUGAGGGUCCAUCCACCACAAGUAAUUAACUUGGAGGAAGUGGAACUCGCCAACGGCACUGCAAAUGGGCACAUGGAGCAAGGUCCUGGGUGUGGUCAGAAGGGAAGACUCCAACCAGUGACAGCAGCAGGCAUCCUCUCGCUGGUCCUAAAUAUUAUGUGUGCAUCUUUGAACAUAAUCCGCGGUGUUCACCUCAUAGAGUACACGUUUCAGGAUGAUUAUGAAGGCGUAUGGAAUGUUGUGGCAUUUCUUCUGGCGUUUGUCUGCUGCGUGUUGCAGUGCCACCUCUACCUGUUCCAUUCUUCUCUGAAGAAGCUCAAGUCCUUCACUCUGUUGAUUGUGAUUGUCCUAUGCAACCUCUACCUGCUCGGCCUGAGGAACCCUUGGCAGCUGAUCUUCCACAUGUCAGUUUCCUCCCUCUCCACCAUCCUCAUCCUCACCCGCAAACUCCAAGACAGAACCAAUGACUGCGCGGUCUGAGGAGCAGAGGACACUUUACUCCGUUGCACCACUCACAGCUCUUACAGUGCAGGUGAGAAAGACAGGGGAGCAAAUGGCUUGAUCCACAUGAGUUAUGAAGUGCUGUUUGGCUUUUUAACAACAACAAAACAUGUUUGCAAAUUUUUUUGUGAUCACGGAAAAGGAUAAUUCUGUUGAUGUUUUCUUGAAUACAUUAUGUACUUGCACUUUGUGUACAUUUGUUUCCAAGACGGUAAAAAGCAAACAGUAAAACGCAAUUCUCUCUGGAAACAGAUGCAGACUUAAAAUAAAGGGAGAUGUCUGUUUUAGGAACAGAAUGUUUGUGCCAUCCUGUCCACUUUUUAAGGAAAAGGAAGGAUUUGUUUUAGUUAUAAGUGGUGUGUUUUUUGUAGAAAACAAUAAUUGUAUCACAACCCUAACUGUUGAAGCAAAUCAUGCUUUUUAAAAUAAAUGUAUGCUCAAUUUCAGCUCAGUAUUAUUUCUGCUAUUGAUUAUCUGCAUUGAUUAUCCUUACGUAAUCAAUGGUAGGUGACAGUUGAUGAUUGUAACAGACAUUAGAUUUAAAUGUUAGACGUAAUAGGCACACAACACACGGUUAGAUCAACCUCCAUUAUGAAGCGUUGCUCCUGAUAUGAUUUAGUAUUAAAUUUAGGGUCAGUGACGGCCAAGUAAAGCAGCUAUUUUUAUUUGGUUUACAUGAGUUGCUCAUUAGAUGAAAUUAAGAACCUAAUGCAAAGGUGAAGAUGUAAAGCUUUGGGUUGUUUCAUGCCUUAGUGUGUGACACUUGUUUUUAGUUUGUUAAAUUGUGUUGACACCGGCAAGUGCUCAGCUAGUCAUUGCAAAGUUUCAAAUGUAAGGGCUCCGUUAUCUAAGGAAUGAAUGGAAACUAUAUUGAAUACUGAGGGAAUACGAGUCUUACAGUCAUGUCAGGCAUGAUAUUAUGGCAUAUUAUUUUACAACAUUUAUGAUAAAAUGAGAAUUUAACACAUUAACUCCAUUUCAAACCCAUUUUUGUAUUACAAAUUUAGACCUUUUAGUUUGUCGGGUUCUUUUCUAUUGAUCUCUGCAUUGUCAAAAUGUAAACUGGGUAAGAAUAUGAAAGCCCUGAUUCAUUCGAUGGGUAAAAUACUAUUUAAUUUUUUGGGAACUUUUUUUUGGACUGCACUAUUAGGCUUGGCUGUUUUUGUUUUCAGUAUGGUAUUUGUUUUUUAAUGGGUUGCAUAUCGGAUUCUGCUAUUUAUAUACCGGUGUAUGUUUACUUGGUUUAGUUUUUUGUCGUCUUUCAGGAUAUAUACAGCACUCGCUACCUGUAGUGCUCAGAUUGUUAUGAACAUAUAAAUCAUAUGGUAAUAAUCUAUGUUUGCAAAUACAACAUUAGCGCUGCUUAAAAAAAAGUACAUUUUAUAGCAUUGUGUGGAUUUAGCUUCUAAGACAUUAAUUUGCAAGAGCUCAACAGUUGCACUAAUGUCUGUUAAGCCAGGGAAUACAUUAUUUGUUCAUAGUAUAUGUCAGACAAGUAAUAUUUGUGUCCUUUUUAUUUGACUAUUUAAUCAGGAAAGUAAGAGACUCAUUUUACGGGAAAGCGGUUGCAUCACAUCGGACAAUCCAAAUGUCCCUCACAAUAAUGUACAGAGAAAUAAGUCACUUUUAUCUCAUAGUUUACAACAAGUGAGGAAACUCAAAAAUGUUCACUGGAUACAUAAAAUGUAGUGUAGAUAUGAUAUGGGCCUCUUAAUACAUUUUGUAGUACAUUGUGCUGGUUUUGUGGUUCAUUGCUGAGAAUGCGACUGGCUCAGUGACCUUUGAUGCUGUGUCCAACCAAACUGUGUGCAGGACGUUGGUGAUGCUGUGAUGUAUUUGAUACAAAGGAGGUUUUUCACCGACUCACCGUUUUCACCGUAGCCGACAAGUCGUUGACCAAAUUAAUUGUAAAAUAAUGUUGCCGCCAAUAUUCUAAAGAUGCAGAACCAAAUAUUGUGGGGGAUAUUUAAACACUUGAAAUGGAAUGAAGGAUAAUUUUGUUGAUUGUGGUGGUUUCUAACAUUUAAUAGAAAUACACUGUAGAGUGAACAAGUGGCAGCCUUCUCGAAUAUUUUUUAUUUAAUUUAAUUUUGUAUCAAUAUCUGAAGUCUUAAAUCAGAUCUCAAUACAGGAAACGGUUUUUUAAUCCUUCAGGUUUCGAGGUAUAUUUAAUUGGAUGUUUUCUUUAUCUUGUCAGCAGAAUGGCGUUAUGAGGUUGAUUCAAUUGGUUUUUGGGGCUGCGACCUGUUUGUAAUAAUCGGUAACGUAACUAUGUCAUUCAUUGUAACUGCCAAAUACACUGGUGUUCACGGGGCUUUAUUAUUUCCUGCUGUGGUAAAACUGACAUUUUGUUAAUAAAUAGUGUCUUUUUUC